CACACGCACGCACACUCAUCCACACCCACACGCACGCCCACUCAUCCACAUCCCACACUCACAUCCUCAAAAAAGCCACACCCGGACAGGCUUUAGUAAAAAUUUUGGCUCUAAAGGUCUAAAACUGAGUAAAUCAGUGACGAAAUCAUAUGAAUAAUAACAAUCAUAGUUAUCAUAAAAUUUUUCGGUUAUCUCUAAAUAUCUUACAAAACGGCAAGAUGAAUACUUUUUGUACCAAAACCGCCUGAAUCUUUUGGUUCGUAUAGUUAUACACACAAGAAUAAUUUAAUGAACAGAUUCGUUUGUGAUCUGUACUAUUGUUCUAUUUCGCCAAUGACAAUUCUAAGCAAUAAUAGUUUCGUUCAAUAUCGAAUAAUAUCUACGUCGAGUUUAUUACUUUGAAGUAAUUCUUAUAAUAUUAUUAUAUAUGUAGCAUAAAUAACUAUAAAUCGUUGUUAUGCGUUUAUCAAGUGUUUCUUCUUUUUUAGCCCAAAUUUUUUAACUAAGCGAGAACGUGAAACUGCUGCAUUACAACGACGACAAGAAGAAGCUGAAGCGAUUCGUCAACGCAAUGAAGAACUGCUUAAAAAACAUGAUACAUUCAAUAAAGAAGCUGAAAGAACAGCUGUCAAAGAUGAUGGUGGACGCGAUCGCCAUCGACAUGAAGAAGAUGAUCAAAUAGAUUGA